AUGUUGUGUUGCAAUAGAACCAAUUCCUCUCAGCUCACAUUCGUCCUGACAGGCAUCCCGGGGCUGGAGACUGCCCGUGUCUGGCUCGCCAUCCUUUUCACUUGUGUUUACAUGGUGGCACUGGCGGGGAACUGCACAAUCCUCUUUGUCAUCGGGACCGACCCGAGCCUCCACGAGCCCAUGUACUGUUUCCUCUCCAUGCUGGCCAUCACAGAUUUGGGGCUGUCUCUGUCUACAAUGCCAACCGUGAUGGAUGUUUUCUGGGCUAACUACAGGGAAAUCAGUUUUGAUGCCUGUUUUGCUCAGAGCUACUUUGUUCAUUCGUUCUCUUUCAUGGAGUCUUCGGUGCUUCUGGCCAUGGCCUUCGAUCGCUAUGUGGCCAUCUGCUACCCGCUGAGAUACUCCUCCAUCCUCACCAGCGCCAGGAUAGCCAAGAUUGGGCUGGCUGCCCUGUGCAGAUGUCUCUUAGGGGUGCUCCCAUCCCUCUUCCUGCUGAGAAGGUUGCCCUUCUGCCGGUCCCAUGUGCUCUCCCACUCCUACUGCCUGCAUCAAGAUGUGAUCAAGCUGGCAUGUGCAGACAUAACAUUCAAUAGCAUGUACGCGCUAGCUGUAGCGGUCCUCAUAGUUGUGUUAGACCUCCUGCUCAUCUUUGCGUCAUAUAUACUGAUUGCUAAGGCAGUCAUGAGCAUUGCCUCCCCAAGUGAGCGUCUCAAGGUUUUAAACAACUGCUUGUCCCACAUCCUGGCAGUCCUGGUACUGUACAUCCCCAUGGUUGGCUUGUCCGUGGUUCACCGUUUUGGCAAACAUGUUUCCCCUCUCGUUCACGUCCUCAUGGCCAACAUCUACCUGCUGGUCCCCCCCGUGCUGAACCCCAUCAUCUACAGCGUUAAAACUAAACAGAUCCGCAGGGGUGUCCUCAGGCUCCUCACACCAAGGAGGAUCUUCUCCCCAUAG